AGCUCUGAUUGGUCAGGACUGGUCUCUAGCAACAUUCAUAAACAUGCACUGGUGGCAUGUUGGUCAUAGCUGGUCUUCAAUAUGGUGACACUUCAGGACAUUCUGAGGGUUUCCCUCUUUGCUGUGCUGCUUCUGAAUGUUCAUGGACUUCCUGUGAAAGGUUCACAAUCCCAACACCAGAGCAGCAGCAGUAGUGCCAAGAGGGGUACACUUACCUCUCAUCAAGGUGCUGUGCACUAUCCUCCUGUGUCUCACAGUACUUCUGGAGGUGUUACCAAGCCAGUACAAGUGGUCAAGCAACCUUCCAGUCACCCUCAAUAUUUGCAGGCAGGGACUGUGUCUGGCAGCCUGAGCUCCAUGCCUGAAGUGGGCUACUCUGUCAGCUAUGGUUCAUCUGUGCCUGUGCAGCCAGGAUAUUCUCAACCUGCUGCCUUUAUGCCAGUAUAUGAUGCCAGCUCUCAACAGACAGGAGCUGCUCAGUCUUCCCUCCCAGAGGCAAAAUGGAAAACUGCUCCUCAAGCCUUUGAGGAAGCAUCCAAUGACACCCAGGACCAGGGUUCUGGUGUUUUUGGUCCACCUCCAGGACCUGCCCUCCAGUCUGGGGAGACAUCUAAUGUUGUGAAGGAAGCUGAACUUGGGAACUUCCAUCAGUGGACAGAAGAGUUUGGUUAUCCAGCUAUGAGGCCUGUUCAGGGUUUUCCACCUGUUCUGCAAAGUCCUGGUGUGUGGGGCUACCCUUCUCCCUACCCUCUUCCUUACCCAUACCCUUACCCUGAUUUUGACUACAGGCUUCUGUAUGGCCUGUACCCUCCUGGCACCUACACUACCUUCAGCAAAGAACAUGAGAAGGGCAAAGACUACUACCAGACCAUCCAGUAUCUGAAAGAACAUGGUUCUGAUGCACCCCAGAACCCUGGAACUGGGCAGGCGAAGGUCUUUACAGGUACACCCUAGAGACUUGGAGGGAGACCAAGAUUAAGCACCAGAGUCUUGGUUUUGUGGUGGCAUAAAUAAAAUUCUCCAAAUUGA